UCCACUCCCACCCCCUCUUCUACUAAUUAUUAGAGGUUAGAAGACGUGCGUUUUUCUUUUAAAAUCCGGUUAUCAUUUGGUUAUUAUACAAAAUCUUGAAAUGGGUAGACGAAAUCGGCAUUUAAAAAGGAAGCAGAAUGGUGCAGAGCUACCGAAAACUCCAAGGAAGGCCUAUGAAUUUAUAGUAAAGGAGAACGAAAAGUUUGUGAAAUAUUAUCAAACACAAAACAUAUGCAAACCGGAAGAAUGGGACGAUUUCAUUACAGCAAUAAAAUCUGACUUACCCGCAACAUUUCGUAUUACAGGAUCGAAGGAAGAGGCGCAGAGAAUGCUUGAAAUUGUACAGGGUGAAUUGAUUCAGGAUUGCUUACAUCAAACGGAGGAUGGAAAGGAGGAGGCUACCAGUAUGGCCCCUUUACCAUGGUAUCCUGACAAUUUAGCUUGGCAGCUAACUCUAACAAGAAAAGAUAUUCGACGCAGCGAGGCAUAUUUUAAACUCCACAACUUUUUAAUCACCGAGACAGAGAACGGAACCAUUUCCCGACAGGAAACUGUUAGUAUGAUACCACCAUUGCUUUUGAAUAUUAAAUCUCAUCACAAGGUUUUGGAUAUUUGUGCGGCUCCUGGAUCAAAAACUGCCCAAAUUAUAGAGAUGUUACAUGCCGACAGUGGAGAUGCAUUGCCGACAGGCUACGUGGUGGCGAAUGAUAUUGACAAUAAACGAUGCUACAUGUUAGUCCAUCAAGCAAAACGUUUAAAUUCCCCUUGUAUGGCUGUUAUAAACCAUGAUGGUGCUAUUUUACCUAAUUUAUUAGAAAAUGACGAGCAAGGAGGCACGAGACAGGUUCAAUAUGAUCGUAUUCUGUGUGAUGUGCCAUGUUCUGGAGACGGAACUUUAAGGAAAAACCCGGAUAUUUGGAUGAAGUGGACACCUGCCAACUGUCUCCACCAACACAUAGUACAGUCUAGAGUAUUACGCCGAGGAGCUGAACUAUUAAAGGUAGGGGGGCAAUUGGUAUACUCCACUUGCUCUUUAAACCCUUUGGAAAACGAAGCUGUUAUACAUCGUACUCUAGUAGAAACAAAUGGUGCUCUUGAAUUAGUUGAUGUUUCACAUGUUUUACCAGAAUUAAAACACGAUCCAGGUUUAGAAACAUGGUUGGUUAGUAGUAAAGAUUUGGAAUUUUAUAAAUCAUUCGACGAGGUAAAUAAUAAAUGGAAGACUGUUAUUAGACCACAAAUGUUUCCUCCUAAAGUGGAAGAUCGGGAUCGAUACCAUCUCAAUCGUUGUUUACGAAUUCUACCACACCAUCAAAAUACCGGGGCAUUUUUUGUUGCCGUGUUACGAAAAGUGAAACCUAUAUCUGCAGGGGAAGGCGAAAAAGCUGAGGGGGUGGAUACGUCAUCAGCAUCUGAAAGCAACAUAAACAACAAGCGAGAGAACCAGAACGAUUUUUCUAGAGGAUCUAGGAAAAAACGUCGUUUUGACGGUUACAAGGAAGAUCCCUUCGUAUUUUUCACAGAGGGCGAAGCAGUUUGGGAAGAUAUCAAAACUUAUUAUCACAUUUCGGACAGUUUCGAUUCAAAGUGUCUUUUGACUAGAUGCCACGGUGGCAAAAAGAAAAAUAUUUAUUUCACAUCACCGGCUGUUAAAGAUUUAGUACUUAACAAUCAACAGAUGGUGAAAUUUAUAAACACUGGAAUACGAACUUUCGUUCGAUCUGAUAAUCGCAACAUGAAAUGUGCCUUUAGGCUUGCACAGGAGGGAUUGGAAAGUAUUUUUCCGUACAUAGGCGGAGACCGCAAAAUAAGCAUACCGAGAGACGAUUUGAUUACACUAUUGCUUAAUGAUAAUCCCGAAAAACCUCCAAACAUUGUAGAUUUGUCUGAAGUAGUACAAAAGCAAGUGGAUAAUUUGAGUCCCGGAAGUUGUAUUUUAAUAUACACCGAGGAGGAUGGCGAUAAACCAUUAGUCCUGCACAUAAGUGGAUGGAGAGGGGUCCAGUCUCUACGUUGUUACACAUCUUUACCUAGCACAGUUCAUUUCCUCAGAAUAUUAAAGGGCGACAUUUCCAAAUAUGUUGUCAAUAAAUUCCAAAAGGCGAAUUCGGAUGAAGAAACUGAAAACGUUAACACUGAGGAAUUAUCAGGUGAAACAUCUAAAGUCGAAUGAUCUGUGAGUUAUUUUUAUUCGUUAAUUGUAACAUUAAUAGGCAUACAAAACUACUAUGUAGUUAAAAAAAGUUUAAGCUUACAUUCGAUUAAAUCUACCAUAGGUAUUAGUCACACUUGUUUCUUUGGACGAAUUUUGUACGAAGCCUUAGUACCUUGUGUUUUUUCAAUGAAGUUGAUUACAAUUAUGUUAACAUUUUUAAUAAAUCGUAAAUUAUUUUCUUA